AUGGCAAUGACGCUGAAUUUUAACUAUGACACAGAAAACCAGGUGCUUUUUACAGGAAACUCUUCUGUAAGAUAUGUGAUAUUAAAUAGGCCUGGAAAGCUGAAUACCCUUAACCAUGUAAUGGUUUCUCAAAUUUUAAAGAAUCUAAGAUUGUAUGAGAAUGACUUUUCAAUCAAACUUGUCAUAUUGAAGGCCAAUGGAAAAGCAUUUUCAGCUGGUGGUGAUAUAGUGUCACUGAUUACAUCUUCACUGGCAGGACAUUGGACCUAUCCUCUAAGCUUUUACAGGAAACUACUCAUGUUGAACCAUUUAUUUGUUACCUGCAAAAAACCUAUUGUGUCUCUAAUUAAUGGAGUGGCCAUAGGAGGAGGAGCGGCUCUUUCCAUGAGGGCAACCUUUAGAGUUGUGACAGAAAAUGCCAUAUUUGCUAUGCCAGAGGUACAUAUUGGAGUGUUUCCGGACUGUGGUGCAUGUCACUUCCUUUCUAGGCUUCCUGGCUAUUUUGGCGAAUACUUAGGACUAACUGGUACACGUUUGGAUGCAGCAGAAAUGAUAGCAUGUGGUUUAGCCACACAUUUCAUUCCUUCAAUGAAGCUAAAUUCAUUGGAAAAUGCCCUACAAAAUAUUACUUCUUCAAAUGUAUCAACAAUUGCCACCCUAAUAGAAACUUUCACAGAGAAGACAAAUGUGAAAGAAGAUAGUCCAUUCAAGAGGUAA